UCGGAUGGUGUUGGCAGCAAGCGACGCGAGCCGCGCCUGGCCAGUCCCGCAUCGGCCGCGGUGGGUGUGCCCCGCAGGGUGUGCGCCCCGGGCCCAGGCCCAGGCCGCCGGCGAGAGGGCGCCCGAGGCUGUGCGCGCCCCGGGCGACCGGAGUGCGCCAGCCCGGGGGUGCGCGCCCCGGACAGGGACCGUGCACCCGGAGGCUGCGUGCGCCCCGAAGCCGGGGUGUGUGCCGGCCCCAGGCACAGCCAGCCGCCUCCCUCCCGACUUCUGCGGCGCGCCAAGUUUCAGGUGUACGGUAUAGUGAUUCAACAAUUCUAAACAUUACCAAGCACUCAUCCUGGGCUCUUCAGUGGGUUGUACAGACUUACCGGAUGAAGAGUGCCUGAGAGACUGACAGUCUGCAUUCCCUAAGAUGGAGAAGACAGAUGCCAAAGACCCGUCCUCUCAGGGGGAUGAAGAGAAGGGCCCUCCAAAGAGCCACCCCUACUCUGUGGAGACCCCGUAUGGCUUUCAUCUGGACUUGGACUUCCUCAAGUACGUGGAUGACAUUGAGAAGGGAAACACCAUCAGAAGGAUUCCUAUCCACAGAAGGGCCAAGCAGGCCAAGUUCAGCACUUUGCCUCGAAACUUCAGCCUUCCCGACAGCAGGGCUCGCCCCCAUACCGCUCUUCCCCACCAAAACUGGUCCCCGGCGGUGCCAAGGAAGGUGUCGCUGGGGACAGAGGAGCGAGCCCAGUCGCUGCCACUGGGUGAACACCCGCAAGCCUCCGCCAGCGGCAGUGAGGUGAGCUACCACCGGAAGGCCCUGCUGGCGGAGACGGCCAGACAUUUGGAGGCUGCCUGUGCCAGGGAGGCGGAGCUGGCCCCCGGGGGCGGACGGCCCCAGCUCCUGAGAGCAUCCAGCAUGCCAGCCACACUGCUCCAGAACAGGGCAUCAGAGGACUCGAGCCUAAACUCAGGGCCCCCCACACCUCCAGCCCUCCCUCCACUUCAGGGUGAAGGCAGUGUCUGUGAUGGUGCCUUUGGCCCUGCAGAGGCAUUUACAGGUUUUCAGAGCUCUACUCCACGAGCAACAACCCAACCCAGAGUCAGAGAGUUUGGGGACCUGGUGCCGGGGAUUCCAGAGCUGGUGCAGGAGGGCACCGAGCCUCCAGAGGAUGAAGAUGAAGAGGAGGCUCCAAAUCACCUCUCUCUCCCGAGCCCUCCCUUCUCAUCCCAGGAUGCACUUGUCGUUCUAGAGGAUGAAGACGACGAACACAAAACCAGAGAAGUGGAGGUGGUGGCCACCCCUGGCUCCCCGACACCCAGUCCCCCACCCCUGCCAUCACCCAUCCCUGAGAAUGAGUUCCCCCUAGAAGAAAUCGAGCUCAACAUCAGCGAGAUCCCACCCCCACCACCUGUGGAGAUCGAUGUGAGAAGCAUUGGCGUCCGGGUCACAGAGGAAAGCCUGGGCCUCCCCGCGUUGGAUCCCGGAAGCAUCUCCAGCCUGAAGCAGCGGCUCUCUGCCCUCGAGGGUGAGCUGUCUGGAAGAACUGAGGAACUGGUCCAGGUCAGAGCUGCCCUCCAGCAGCAGGAGGAGGAAGUCAAGGCCAGAGGACAGAGGAUUCAAGAGCUAGAGCGCACUGUAGCUCGACUGGCAGAAGAGCUUAGCCACGAGAACACCAGAGACUCUCAGGGCCAGACUGACGCCAUGGUCAACACUGACCCCCUCCAUGGACUCUUGACCAGGGAGUCGUGUGACAAGAGCAUCGGGGUCAACCUUCUGGGCAGCACAGGCUCUGAAAGCUGGAGGGCUGGAGGAGAGGAGAAUGGCUUCUCAGGGGGGCAGACCAGCCACAAACGGGGGGAUCGGAGCCCAGGAGAAUUCGUGCCACCACCACAGCUGUCACUGCCGCAAGGACCCAAGGUGGUCCUCACCCCCUCUAUACCCAGCUGCCUCUCCAUGGAGCUGAGGAUUGAAGAAGCAGGCUCUGAGCAGGAGGGAAGCCCACAGGUGGGAGCCGAGGGUCUGGGCAGGGUGUCAGGAGGCUCUUCAUGGAGCAGCGACCAAAAGUCGCCCCCAGCAGGGCGAGAGGAGGCCAGUUCAGAGCUGCCAGGGAAGGAGCGCCCGGGGAGGCCACCAAGCUCGCCCACAGAUGCCACUAUUGGCCAGUACGUUAAGAAGAUCCAGGAACUCCUGCAGGAGCAGUGGAGCUGCCUGGAACACGGGUACCCCGAGCUGGCCAGCGCCAUCAAGCAGCCUGCCUCCAAGCUCAGCAGCAUCCAGAGCCAGCUGCUGAGCUCCCUGAACCUGCUGCUGUCUGCCUACUCGGCCCACGCUCCGCCCCAGAGGGAGCCCCCCGACCCCCCUACCUCCCCGCCGAUGGAGAUCUCCCCGUCGACCAGCCUUAAAUCCAUAAUGAAAAAGAAAGACUAUGGCUUCCGUGCAGGAGGUAAUGGGACCAAAAAGAACCUUCAGUUUGUUGGGGUUAACGGUGGCUACGAGACCACCUCAAGCGAGGAGACCAGCGGCGAGGACAGCUCCCCAGAAGACUUGUCUGACAGUGAGGCCGAGAAGAAAUGUGAUGUCCCAGAACAUAGGCGGGGCCAGCAGGCCCACCCUGCCUGCAAGCCUGGGCAGGGCCUCCCCGAGGGCAGCAGCACCACAGGCCAGGAGAGUGGGCCUGGGGAAGAGCCCCCCGAUCCCAAGGCUGAGAGAUAUAAACCUUCAGAAGAAUUCCUCAACGCAUGCCGGGCAUUGAGCCAACAUCUGCCAGAAACUGGGGCCACCAACGACCAACUCUUGAGGCUGAGCUUGAACACCAUCCGUCAAGAGUGGUUCCGCGUCUCCAGCCGGAAGUCGUCCAGCCCUGCCGUGGUGGCUGCCUACCUCCGUGGGGUCCAGCCCCUCUCCCCACACUUCCUGAAGCUGCUGGUGAACUUGGCUGAUGGCAAUGGGAACACGGCCCUUCACUACAGCGUGUCCCACUCCAACUUUUCUGUCGUGAAGCUGCUACUGGAGACAGGUGUCUGCAAUGUGGACCAUCAGAACAAAGCUGGCUAUACUGCCGUGAUGAUCACUCCCUUGGCUUCUGCAGAGACGGAUGAAGACAUGGCUGUCGUCUGGAAACUCUUAAGGGAAGGAAAUGUGAACAUCCAAGCUACUCAGGGAGGCCAGACGGCGCUGAUGCUGGGAGUCAGCCACGACCGCCAGGACAUGGUCCAGGCGCUGCUGAGCUGCCAGGCAGACGUGAACCUGCAGGACCACGAGGGAUCCUCGGCCCUCAUGCUAGCCUGUCACCACGGCAAUGCCGACAUGGUGCGCCUGCUCCUGGCACACCCGGCCUGCGACAGCACCCUGACUGACAAGGCUGGCCGAACAGCUCUGUCCAUCGUUCUGAAAUCACCCGCCCAUGUGGAAAUUGCAGGACUUCUGCAGGCCCACGCAGAGCAGGGCAGGUCCCUGGGGCCAUAGGGGCUGAGGAAGAACCGGCAGCUGGGAACAAAAAGCUCCUUCUCUGGACUCCUUAGCCCUUGGAGAGGGCAUGGGUCACAGCCAGAGGGCCACCCUUCAAGAGAAGAAACUAUGUCAAAUAUGCACAUACAUUCCAGUUAUACAAUUCUGCUCAUUAGAACGCUUUGUAGUUUUUGCCUUAGGCCAAGCCCCAAAACUACGCAGGCUGCAGAGCAGGGUAUAAGGUGCAGGGUGCAUCCGUGUUGUCAAAAAAAGCCCAAACAUCUUCAGCCUUGAAUUCCUCAUGAUUCUACCCUUUGUAGCACCGUGUAGCAAGCACACAGGCAGGAGCACAUUAGCCAAGCAAUACUUUUUACAUGGAAUCUUAAAGUGCACCACCUUUCUGUUUUGUAAUCAGUUACAUGAAUAUGUCCCACUGAACAUGCAUGUCGGGAGAGGACUGGGUGGGGGGUGGGAUGGGGUAAGGGGAGGUGGAUUGAAGCAGCCACCCUGGCCAUCAUUCUCUAGAGGACCCUCAGAGAAUCACCACGCAGUCAGCUGAAACUGAACAAACCACAUCUGGGGCCUUUGGUUAGCUGAGGUUGACAGAGAAAUCUUAAAUUCAGGCAAAGCAGGAAGAGCCUACGGGGAUCAAUGCCAGUUAAACAGUCUUGACCAUUUCUGAGUUAUUAAGUGGCUCCAAGUUGUGCCAGGGAAAUUGGAAUUAAUUAGGAAAUCCAAAUCCAGUAAAGCACAUCACGUGUAUUUAGAGAGAGUCCAGUUACAUCCCCUUUUCUGAGUCUGGAAAGAUUGCGGGAGCAAGCAUCCUCCUGGGGAUAGGUUGUUGUCAUCCAGAAGCCACCACAUUUCCUCGGUAGCCAUAUCCAUGGCUUCAUGGGAAUCCUGGUUCUUUACCCCUUUGAACCCCCAAGAGGCUCUGAGGUUUCUGGGGCUCCUGGUUGCAGAAGCUGCCAACGUGAACUGCAGCAGGAGUGUGGGAUCUGGGCAGGGCAGGGUCCUCCCUGAACUGACUGCUCUCUCUGCUGGACAGUUCUUUAACGUCCAUAAUCCCAGGGGCCCACAUGUGCAUGGCUUCUAUUCAGUAACUCACACAAGGUUAUCCAUGAAUUUAUUUGUAAAAUCUCUUAUGCAAAAAAAUCCUUCUUAUAUAGAAAGAAAAGACAUCAAAGUUUGGUGAGCCUUUGCUCUGGAAACUCAAAAGCUUGAGUUCUUAUUUUGACUUAUAUGCCAAUUUGCUUGGUGCCCUUGGGUGAGUCACGAAAUCUCCUUGGGUCCUGGUUUCAUCAUCUCUAAGAAAGGAAAUAAUUAUACAACCUACCUCCUGGGGGUGUUGUACAAGGAACAGCUGAUGGAAGUUUUGGAAUCCAAUUUGUAAUCCAGAAGAACUGUCUACAAAAAACGGCACAGCAAACUGUUGCUGGGAUUCAUGAAAGUCUCAAAGUCCCAGAGCAGCACACUGACAUGUGACAGUGUUGCUCAGCGGUAGAGAGAACGGAGCGAAUAUGGAGCUAAAAAUAAUCUUAAGUGGGUUUAUUUUGACCUCAAAGCACACUUGAAGAGCAAAAACCACCUUAAAAAAAAAUGUUCUAGCCCAGUGCUUCUCAAACUUUGAUAUGCAUACAAUCACCUGUAGAUUCUGCUAGAAUGCAGUAGGUUUGAGGGGAAGGGACCCGAGAUUCUACAUUUCUAACCAGUUCUCAGGAGAUGCUGAUGCUCCUGGACCACACCCCACUUGGAGUAGAGGCUCUAGCCUGGCCUGACUGUUUAUAUAUUAAAAUGCUGCCUCUCA